UUGUCAUUAAUGUUGAAGUAGUGAUGCAAUGAUUAACUAAAUGUUUGUUUUAAUUAAUUGAUUGAAAAUUAGAGUAAAGCGUUGUUUCAAUGCAUUCAUACAUUAAGACAUUUAUGUGAAGAUAUGAAUGACUUAGAGGAAGGAGAGAUCGAUGAUAAUGGCGGUCAUGAAGACAGAUAUCAUGAAAAUGUUACACCAAAUAAUGCAAUUGAUAACAAUCAACGGCCAAUUGUACCGAAAGUGAGACCUAAUUUGGAUCAAAUAAGAGAUCCAUUGUUUGGUAAGAAUGAUACUGACCUUAGGUUUGACCGAAAUUAUAAUGAUUGCGAUGAAAGACUCAUUGGACACAACCCGUCAUUUCAACAAGAUUUCAGUCCAAACAUUGAACCAAAUCAACAAUUUCUGGUCACAAAUGAACCGAAAUAUAAUCCAAUUGACGCCUGUUCUCGGCCACCAUAUGUUGAUCCGAUGCCCAGAUUUAAAGACAACAGGUUUGACUCAUUUGCUUAUCGACAGCCAAUGUCUUCCAGUUAUCAACAUUUUGCAAAUCAAAGACCGUAUAGAAAUAGAUCGCGAAUACCAUUACUUCCAUCCCCUGUAAUGUUAUCGAAAUUCAGUCCAUCAAAUGAACCAUUGUUUCAACCAAUUAGACCAUCACUGGUCACACGUCUUAAUUAUCCACAACACGCUAUAAAUACUAGUCACAGUCCAGUGCCAACUAUUACCGGUAAUUAUUCAGCUGAAGACUGUUCACUUAAUGAUAUACAAUCAGUUAUACCUCAUGAGAGCCAUCAUUCAACUAUAGCCAUACCUUUUAUAUGCGACUCAAAUAACAUACAAAUUCAAACCAUUGCAGCAGAUAAUCAAAAGAGUGAAGACUCGUUUGACAAUAAAUACAAUCAAUUUAUGAAUUCAUUGAAUAGUAAAACUAUUGUUAUUGAAACAUGUAAUGAGAUCGAAGAAGUAGAAAUGUCUGACCAAUUAAUUGAUAGGGAUCUGUCACCAUAUGAUCCCGAAGAAGAUAUUACUAAAUUAAUUCCACUUUCACCAAUAAUGCAUAAUAUAGAUAAUGGAGUCAAUAAUAAUAAAAUAAAUGACAAGUCGUUAAAAUCUGAUUCAAAUGUUUAUUACAAGAAAAAAGAAAACACUAAAAGUGAUGAACAAAACAAAAGACUUGAACGUCUUCUUAAAGGUAUUAUUAGUCCAAAAAAGAGUAAAUUUUCACAAAGUAUUAAAAAACCCGUCAGAAGAGGAGUGACACCACUUAGGGAUUCAAAGGUCAAGUUUUCUAUUCAUACAAAAACUGAAGAUUUGUCGAUAUCUCACAAUCGAAAGCGUAAUAUUCAUAAAAUUUGUAGAAAUGUUGGCCACAAAAGUAGAAAAAAAUUGAAUCGAUUGGCUAAACGACAAGUAAUUACUGAAUUUAUUGAUGAUUGCAAACAAAAAUCUAAAGAAAAUAUAAACGAUACUUCAUAUGAGGAAUUACUAGAAGAAUAUAAGAGAAUACAACAACAACUAAAGGAAUUGGAUUACGAAGAAAAAAAUGAAGAAACAAUUGUGACGCUAAUUGACAGAGAAGAACAAGAAAAUAUUGAUAAGUUUGUUAAGAGUGGCGACGAUGUCUAUGAAAUGAGUGGCGAACGCAAAGAAAAUGAUAAUAAAUCUGACGAUCAGAACGAAGAAGAAGAAGAAGAACUAGAACUCAGAAGACUUGCGUUGGAAUCGAAAAAGAAGCGCGAAAUUGAAGAACAAGAAAGUGAAGAACUUAGACUAAGACAACAAUUGCUUCAAUCGUUGUUUAGAUCGAAAGCUAAAAAUGAAGUUCAGGUUAAUGUAAAAGAAAAUAAAAUGAUUAAUGAAGGCAUAGAUGAAGAGAUUACUUUGAAAUCGAUUGAUGAAAAUUGUGUUAUAAUUACUGAAACAAAUGAGACAAUUAAAGAACCAUUCAUUGCAGUUGAAGUACAAUUGUCAUCUAAUUUAGAAACUGAAAUUAUCACCAAAACUGAUCAAUUGUUUCCUAAGCCAAUACCGAAGUUUAUUAUAUAUUUUGGUGACGAUUCUACAGAUGAAGAACCAGAGAUGAACGAAAUUGUGGAUAAUGUUCCCAAAGGACUCGACUCAUUCUUAAGACAGGCUCGACUAAAAUCAGAGACUAACUCUACAGCGAAUCCACAAUCACUACAGAUUAUGUCGGAAACAAAACGAAGAGAAUUAGAUGAAUUAAAAGCGGAAAUUUUGAGAAGAGAACAGAACUUAAUUAGUGAUAAAAAGCUUAAAGAAAAUGAAAAUCUUUGGAAAUCAGCAAAAAAGAGAUUAGAAGAGAAGUUAUCGAAACGUGAUUUACUUAAAAGUAGAGUUACAUUAAAGAGAAAUUUAUUACGAAAGGCACAGAUCCAGGCGCGCAAACUUCAUGAGGCAUAUAUAGCCGCUCAACGAAUUGUCACCGAAACGGCUUCAGAGUUCCGUAAGUUUAAUGAAAAAUUGAAAAAUUCUGAAAAAGAUGUCGAACAAGAAAAUGUAAGCAUUUCUAACCAUCAAAAAGAAUGCUUAAGAAUUGGUACAAAAUUAAAAGGAAAGUCAUAUAAAUUACCAAAACAUUUAUCUGUAAAAGAAAUGAGUGCUAAUAGUGUUGUUAAUAAAGAGAAAAAAGAAUCGAUUGCAGAGAAGAAUUUGUCAAAAGAAGAGAUGGCUAAACAUAAGAAACGAUUGCAUCGAGAAUUAGUACAAAAUCUUGAAUUUUAUUCAAAAUUAUUAGAUCUGAAGAAAGCAAAUCUUAUACGACCCGCAUCUCCUUUAUCUAUCAAACCUCAAACAUCUAAUUUAGACUCUUUAGCAAAACAUAUAAUGAAAGACAUAUCAAUUGAUUCACUAAUAUCGUUGGAUUGUUUUCUUGAAAAUAUGUUUACAAUUGAUUAUAAUCUGAAUACCAAUAUUACGAUUCCUGAUAUUGGUUUGAAUCUAUCGACUAAAUUGAAUGACAAAAAUAAUAAUUGUAAUCUAAAUGAUAGUGUACUCUCACAUUUACAUUCAUACAGACUAACUGAAAAUCCAUUAAAUAAUAUCAGUUCAGAUCACUGGACUAAUGACUUGAAUCCAAUUCAAGAGAUUUGUACAUUUGAUUUGUUAGGCACCUGUAAUGAUGACAAAUGUUUUGGACAACAUAUUAGUAAAAUAAUAUUAAGUCCAUCGAAUAAAAUUGUUGACUUACUUUUGUAUGAUCCAGAAGUGGCUGGAGUUAAGACUGAAUCCACACAAAAAAUGAAUAGUGGAAUAUAUGAAGGAAUUAGAAGAAAAUUGGAUCAGUUCUCACAAAAACUAUUAAAAGCCAAACCAAAUGAUUCCUUAGAGACUCAUUGUAGAAGAAUAGCAGAUUUAAUCCGAAAACGUUUAUUGAAAAAGAAAUCAAAUGAAGAUCCGGUGGUUUGUUUGCUAACGCGACGAAUACCUAAAAUGUUUAAUACACCAAAAAUGAAUGUUCCCUUUGAUGAUCUCAUGUAUAGAUUUAAUAUAAAAGACAAAUCUCUGGUUAUAAAUCRAAGCAAAAUAUCGGAACUAAAACUAUCAGCUGAUCCGGACAUUUAUAUUAAGAAUAGAUUUUUUGCUCCCGAAGGAGUGCCUAUAAGUGCACAAUUGGAGACAACAUUAGCUGCUGAUCCAAAUAAUAUUCAAUUAUGGAUCAAAUUGGCGUAUUAUCACAUCAGCAGAUGUUGUGAAUAUAACAACGACGACUCAAUAGAUCGGGCACUCAAUGUGUUAUCGCGAGCUUUAGAGCACAACAAAAGCGAACCCGAACUCUAUGAACACUAUCUCUAUAUUUACUCGAAUCGAACCGUAAGAAAGGGUGAAGACUUGAAACUGAAUUUAAAUAACAUUUGUAGGAAAGCUGUUGAAUACUGUCCUCACUAUAGGGUCUGGAAAUGCGUUUUGUCUUUAUUUGUCAGUUAUACCGAUAAGUUGAACGCUUCCAAUGAAUUGCUUUAUAAACUGAUAAACAAAUCAAUGUUAGGAAUCAGUGACUUAGACAUCCGUUCCCAUCAAAUAUUAGAGACAUUUCUUUAUAAAAUUCAUCUCAAUUUACAACAAAAUAAAAUUAAAGAUUCACUAAAAGAGUUUAGUAAAGCUUUAGAUAAUAAUGAUAACGAAAAUUUAGAAAAUUUAAGCAAUGAAUUGAUUGAUUGUGACCGAGUAUUUGCGUGGCUAUGCUAUACAUAUCUAAUGAUUUACAAACAUUUACCAAACCAUUGCUUUGAACUAACAAAACAAGGUUUUCCUCAGUUAAUCAAUAAAAAUGCAUUUAUUUUUGAUUGGAUUUCAUUAAAAGAUAGGUUUAAUUUGAAUGAUAUGAAGUGUCACUUGAUUAGAGCCACACAACAGUGUCAUCUCAAUAAUAAAAACAGUUUAGCCAUUCACGUGAAUUUAGCCCAACUUUACUCAGUCUAUGAAAAUGAUGACAAAUUUUUUAACGAUUUGCUCGACUCUCUUAAAGUUAAUGUUAUUGAAUGGCCUCUAAUGAUAAACAAAAGGUUCACAUUUAAAGAUAAUGAUAUGAAUUCAGUGUUGAAUUUUGAUGAAAGUCUUAGUCAACCCAAUAAAGACAUUAGAAUCCAUUUGAAUGCCGCCAAACACUAUACAAGUAUGGGAUUCAUAUCUGAUGCUAAAAAUCAAUUGCUUAUAAUUGCAUCACAUUUUUAUAUGAAUUGUAUUAUAAAUGUAAAUAUCAUGAAACCAGCCUUUGAAGCACUUCUUUUAGAAAGUCAUGAAAAUGAACACAACUUUGAGUUAAUUAAUUGCAGAAAAUCUAAAGAAUCCAAUUCUCCUAUUCUUUGGUUGUCUUAUAUAUUAUUACUGGAAUUGGACUGUUGUUGUGAAAGAGAUAUAGACUUAGCAUUUCAAACGGCAUUAGCUCUUUGUUCAUCCGAUGGAAUCAAUGCUAAAGAUGUGCAACUUUUGUGGUCAAAUUAUUUAGAGUAUUCGAUGAAACACAUAACAAAUGAAAAACAAUUUAUUGACUUAUUUGAAAGUGUUAGACAUUGUUGUCUUACAAUCAAAGACUCAUUAUUUCAGUCACAAGUAAUAAGAUUUUUAUGUCAAAAAUUACCACCAAAUGAAAAAUCAAAGGCAUUGAUUCAGUUCGCAAAACUGAUUCCCGAAAACAUAAAUAUAAUGUUAACAGCCAUUUGUUUUUCACUUGAAAUCAAUCAAAAAGAAAGAAUUUGGCUUUUAGUUAAUUAUCUUAUAUUUGACAAAAAAAUUCGUAUCAAAUGUUUGGACUUUUGGAAAAUUGUUAUUGGAUUGGCUAUUGAAAGAAGGGACCACUUGUCAGCUCAUAAAUUGUUUCAAAUAGCAAUUUCAUUGAUGCCAUACAAUACUAUUCUCUGGCAAAAUCUCAAAUUAUACGAGACGUGUAUUAAACACAGCGAACAUAUAAAACAAGCGAAAAGUGUUUGUGAAGAUCAUCUCAAAGUUCCUCUAAUUAUAUAAAUAUCUAUUUUCAUUAAGAAAUGCUUUUACGGUAAGUUUUUUACAGUAAUUGUUAUGUUGUUUAUAAAAAUAUAUACUAUUUAUAUGU